GAGUCAUUUUCCCUUCCCUAAAUCUAUCCACACCCAAAAUCAUUCGAUCAAGUGGCCUUCUUCUCACCGGCGUUUAUUUGAUAGCGAUUCCCCGGAAUUGAGCAGAAGAUGGCUUCCAAGUUUGGGGUUUAGCUGGUGGAAUUCCGGAGCGUCGGGUUCGACCCAUUUGGGACGCCAUCGAUUCUCGACAGUUCAAAAAUGCUCUCAAAAUCACUACGACUCUCCUCUCCAAACAUCCCAAUUCUCCGUACGCUCUUGCUCUAAAAGCUUUGAUAUUGGAAAGAAUGGGAAAACCCGAUGAAGCACUGUCUGUUUGUUUAAAUGCGAAAGAGCUUUUGUAUAAGAAUGAGUCUUUGUUGAUGGACGAUCUUACUCUUAGUACUCUGCAGAUUGUUUUCCAACGACUCGAUCACCUGGAGUUGGCUACUAGCUGUUACGAGCAUGCUUGCGGGAAAUUCCCAAACAAUUUGGAACUAAUGAUGGGGCUUUUCAACUGUUAUGUUGGAGAGUAUUCCUUUGUAAUGCAGCAACAACCAUCAAAAUGUACAAGCUCGUUGGCGAAGAAAGGUUCUUACUCUGGGCAAUUUGUAGCAUCCGGUUGCAGGUUCUGCUGGUUUCCUUUGAUGCCCCAUUUUUCCUUUUCCCCCAGUUUGUUGAGCCUGUCUUCCAUUGGUACUGGUCUUAAUAAAUAUGAAUUGAAAUUAGUGCCUUCUUCAUAAAUAGAAUGAAAAAGU